AUGUUAGCUUAUGGAUGUGCAGCAGAUGCAAUAGAUGAAUACUUACGCAUUGGAGAAACCACUGUUUUGGAAGCCACUCGUAGGUUCUGUAAGAUGAUUGUCCAUUCGUAUGGGGACGAAUAUUUGCAUGAACCAACUGUGAGUGAUGUUGAACUGUUGCUUAGGAAAAACAAAGACCGGGGAUUUCCUGGGAUGUUGGGUAGUCUUGAUUGCAUGCAUUCUAAUUGGGAUAAAUAUCCGUCGGCUGAAUCAUGGGCUUACACCGUGUAUAAAGGGAGCGAAAGUAUUGUGUUGGAGGCAGUUGUGUCCUAUGAACUCUGGUUUUGGCAUGCAUUUUUUGGUAUGCCCGGCUCAAACAAUGAUAUUAAUGUGAUGAACCGUUCAUAUGUUUUUCGAAGCUUUAUCAACGGGAAAGCACCACCAGUGAAAUUUGUGGUAAACGGACAUUCAUAUGAUAUGGGAUAUUAUCUCGGUGAUGGCAUAUACACGGAGAUUUCUACAAUUGUGAUGGUCAUAAAAUAUCCAGACUCAUAG